UACCUUACCUGGUAUUUUAGUGAAAGUGCACAACCCACGAUCCAACAUGGGCGGGCUCAAUCUCGAGGUGUUCAAGUUUGGCAUGUACGUCAUGUUCCCCAUUGGGAUCAUGUAUUACUUUGGCACGAACCUCGACAAUCGCUUCUCCGUCCCAGACUUCUGGCCAAAGCCCGAGAACGCCAACAAGGUGCCGCUCGAGCGCGACGAGAUCCAUGCGGAGCUUGAGAGGUUACGAGCGAGGAGGCUCUAUCUGAGGGAACAGAGGUUGGCGGCCGAGGCGAGGGCGGCUGCGUUGAACCAGAGUCAAGGCCAGCAGCAGGAUGAUUAGUGGCUCAGGAGGUGCAAUUUCGGCUGGGCGUGAGGCCAAACAAAGGCCGGGUGUAUAAUUCAAGGAAUAUGGAGGAUGGAGGGCCUGGUAUGGACGGCGGUGGUUGGCGUGGGCAAAUACGGCGUUUUACGGAACCUUCGACAAAACCAACCCGUUUCUCUCAACGGUCCCGGUCUUGAAGGAGCGGCAUGUUGUACGACUGUAUUAUUACACGUACUUAUACAUCUAGAUCGGUUUGUCUAUGUCUAUCGGCUGGUCUCUACAUGUCCAGAUUUUCCUCGAUCUUCGCCCAUUCAUCGUCAUCCAUAGAUCCCUUUGUAACGUUUGAAUACACGGCUUGGACCUCAGGAUACUCCCUGAGCGCCUCCAACAACUCAGUGAAGUUGACCAGCUCCUCCGAAGCGUCCAGCUUAGUUUUGGUAUCUUCAUUUGCCGUCCAUAUGAUAUCCGAACUUAGAAUCU